AUGGCAAAUAAUGAUGAUGAGAAUGCUCUUUGGUACUUAGAGUGGCAGCUUGAUUUGCUUAUACUUUGGGCCUUAACAAGCAAAGUUUCAAAAAUGAAGGAUAAGAAGCAGAAGCUGAUGAAAAAGGGACUUUCUCUUGCAGAAGCAUUGUAUGAGUAUGGUAAGGGUAAUGAUGAGGCUGCGCUACAGAAGUUGGGUUCAGAUUUUGAUGCUUGCGACUAUAAGGUGAUUGGAGCAUCUGAUGACCAAAUUGACGUGUUUAAUGAAGUUUGGUAUAGCCUACUACUGAAUACGGGAAAAGCUGCCAAAGUGAUCGAGGUCAUUGAGAGACGAGUUGAAACAAGGGAUGGUGUACCCUUUUUAUGGCGUUUACUGGCACUUGAUGGAGCUAAUGAAGAAGAGGAAUAUAUUGGUGCUUUAUUUGCUAUUUCUACAACGUCGAACGUCCUGAUUUAGACUAUGCUAUAUAUGUUGUAAAGGGA